AUGUCUGAAGGCCAGAUUGCUAUUCCUGCUGUUUACCUCCGCGGAGGUUCCAGCAAAGCAAUGUUCUUCAAGGAAGAGGACAUUCCACCCCCCGGGCUCCUCAGAGAACGUGUCCUAAAGCGGGUCAUGGGUACACCAGAUCCCAUACAAAUUGACGGGAUGGGGGGAACCCGCAUUGUAACAUCGAAAGUGGCCAUCAUAAAAGCAUCUGAUCGAGAAGAUGCCGACGUGGAAUACACAUUUGGGCAGGUCGGCAUCGCAGAGGACCACAUUCGGCUACGGGGUAACUGUGGCAACAUCAGUGUUGGCGUGGGACCAUUUGCUAUCGACGAGGGAAUCAUCAAAAAGCCUUUUCGAAAAGGGGUAGCCUUGGAUCCCGACUUACAAACAAGAGAAGUUCGCAUCUAUCAGACCGCGAUCAAGAGGUUAUUAAUCGCCCACGUACCUGUCAGUGCUAAAAGUGGGAAAUCUAUUUCACGGGGGGAUUUUGCCAUUGCUGGUGUCCCGGGGACUGGAGCUCCUAUUCUGAUGGACUUCCGCAACACCUCAGCAGGAUUUCUAAACAAAGGUCCAUUGCCCACGGGAACUCCCACCGAAACAAUAGAGAUCGAAGGGAUCAAGGUCCCUAUUACUAUCGUGGAUAUCGCCCAACUUACCUCGUUCAUCCAGGCGAAAGAUGUAGGGGUAGCCGACUUGGCUUCUCGCAGUGCCACGUCUAUCACCAACGACAAAGAACUAAUCGCGCGCUGCAGAGAAGUCCGCGGGAAAGUUGCGCACAAAUUGGGCAUGUGCACCAAUUGGGAGUUGGUGGACCAACAAUCGCCUGGCCUGCCCUCCGUAGUCAUGGUCGAACCAGUUCGCGACAACACGGUCGGCUCUCUAGGAGGUGCGCAUAUUGUUUCUCGCUUCAUCCUGAACAAUAUGUGCCAUGAUGGCAUGGCUGGCACAGUCGCCGCUGCCACAGCAGCCUGCAGUCGGCUUCAAGGUACCCUGAUCAACACCCUGACCAAUGGGGGAGCCAAAAGCCUGGACGACCCCGAAUUCCGUAUUUCCCAUCCGCUAGGUCUGUUCCACGUUCGGGUCGAGGCCGCUGUUGACGGCCGAAGGGCGCGUACCACGCCGAGUGAGAAGCCUGAGUUCAAUGUAUUGGCGUUUGUGAGGACAUCUCGACGUAUCUUUGAGGGCAAGGUAUAUAUCCCCGACGAUGUUUGGGAUGGAAAGGCCACCGAAAGUACCGAAACUGCGAAUAGGUCCAACGGCACCAACGGGCUGCAUGAUUGA